AUGACGAAUUAUCACAUGUCAGGAGCGGAAUAUCUCGCAUCUAUUUAUGGGACUGAAAAGGAUAAGGUGAAUUGCUCCUUCUACUUCAAAAUAGGUGCAUGUCGACAUGGUGACAAAUGCUCUAGGACGCAUAUCAUGCCUUCUUUUUCGCAAACAGUUUUGCUGAAGAAUCUUUAUCACAAUCCAAUGAUUGACACCAGACAAGCGGAUGCCUUUGCUAAGGUUGGCCAAAUGAACGAGCAGGAGCAGCAAUAUUUUGAAGAAUUUUUUGAAGAAAUAUUUGUUGAAUUGGAAGAUAAGUUUGGUCCAAUUGACGAGAUGAAUGUAUGCGAUAAUAUCGGGGAGCACAUGAUUGGCAAUGUUUAUGUAAAAUUUGAAAAUGAAGAAGAUGCAGACAAAUGUGUCAAAGGCCUUGAGAAUAGAUGGUUCAAUGGUUCACCUGUUUAUGCUGAGCUGUCACCCGUAACGGAUUUUCGUGAGGCUUGUUGUCGGCAAUAUGAAUUGGGAGGUUGUAACAAAGGUGCUUUUUGCAAUUUUAUGCAUUUGAAGCAAAUAUCACGUGAUUUGAGACGAAAGUUGUAUGGUUCUCGGGCAGAAUAUCGUGGCGGUGGUUAUUAUGGUGGUGGGAAUUGGCAUGAAGGUAGAGGAGGUGAUUAUGGUAGUUACUCUCGUCGUAGUGGUGGAUACGGUGGUGGUAGUGGUGGUAGUGGCAGACGGCGUUCGCGGAGUCCUCGAUCGAGACAUCGAUACUAA